UGUAAAUAUUUUAUUAAUCAUUUGCAAUGCAUAUAGCAACUAGCUGAGACUGAUGUAAAUACACUCUAGCGCAACUCUACGACUACGUCUCAAUAAGCGUAUUCUAAUCGACGGAAGUGCUUCAAACAACAUGAUAGAGGGCUCUGCCGGAUACGACUUUCAAGUUGACUUCCCAUGUUUUGUGUUCAGUCAAAAGAACAUGGCAGACAAGUACUCGUAUAACGAAGCAAGACACUUAGACACGUGUUAUUACAUUCGGUUUGAACUCUGCUGUAUUUGACAACGAAACGUCUGUUAAUUGAUGUUACCUUUGACAUAAAUAUGUUCUACUUGUUGGAGUUAAGCUGGACCUUACAAACGUUCCUGCUUGUCGUAUGUUUAUUUCUUACUAUAGGAUUAUUAAAAUCCUUCACUAACCACCCUGUCACGAUCAAAUGUGGAAGAAGACUCGAUUAUUUUGAAAGGUUCCUUGAACUUAGCGCUUCCACACACGAUGGCAAAGGAAAUUUAUCCGUUAAUGUAACACUUGCGUCGAAGCAUCGUCUAGAAACGCAACAUGUUCACGAUGCUUUGGUGCUUUUGGUAAAACGUCAGCCAAUGCUUCGAGCGGUGAUAUCAACACUGCCUAAUGGCGAACAAUAUUUUGCAAUCAAGGAAACUGAAGAAGCCAUUGAAAUGUUCGAUAUUCAAACUUCAAAUGUAAAAAUUUGUGAUUGGAAACGUGUGAUAUACGAGUACACGUCGAAAAUACGCGAGAACUCUUUGUGUUGGCGUCUUGUCAUAUUACAGGAGGAAUUUGACGUAACAUCGGGAGAGUACGUAAAUAUAUUGUUGUUUGCUUUCAAACAUGCUUGUUACGACGGCAUUUCCUGUAUAAAGUUUUGUAAGGAUUUUUUGAACAACAUGAACGAGAUUGCUAGUGGAAUCUUCGAUGUGGAGAAGGAAGUCGAAAGUCUGGAGCUUUUGCCUUCAACACACGACCUCGUCACUCGUAGUAGAGUCUGGUUUGCUCUGUUUCACAUCGUCCUCUCGUUUCCAGGAUUACGACUGAUCUUGAAUUUUCUGAUGAAAAAACUCAUUUCUUAUAUGCUUGCAAAGAAGAAAGUCAACCCGUUUUACGCGCAGCAUCCACCAAUAAAGCAUACAGAAACUUCCCUUGAAUUUCUAGAACGAGUGCAUGUGAAAACAUUUAACGUAGAGGAAACGCGAGCUAUUGUUGAUGCCUGUCGCUUGAAUGGUUGUACAGUAACGGGAGCCAUUACUGCAGCUGUUCACCGUGCAUUUUAUAAAAUGAUCGGUGAGAAAGAAGAAGAAUUUUCUAAUUUAGAGUCAUGGUUUGCUGUCAGUAGCCAACGUUAUUGCAAUCCCAAACCAUCAGAGGAGUAUCAUGGUGUUUUUGUGUAUCUGAUGUCAUGCUACAUGAAGUACGAGGGGAAGGGAAAAUCAGAUUUUUGGACUAUGGCAAAGGAAAGCACCGCUCAAAUCAGGCAGUUCGUAAAAGAUCAACAAUUUGUCACAGAGUUUGCGGUUUUGAGUAAUAUACUAGAUCCGGCUGAUUUGUCUGACAUGUUUAGUGGUGAGACUGCUGUACUGAAAUCCAGCAGCUAUUUCAUUUCAAGUUUUGGGUCAUUUGAUAUGAAAUUCCCUCAAGCCUCUAUAUACAAGUUGAAAGAUCUUUAUGUGCACGACUUAAAUCCAGGUUCACCUAUAUUGACGAGACAUUAUAUACACACAAUAGAUGGGAAAAUGAGAUGGCUUAUAACUAGUGACGUCACCUUUGAUGAAAUAUACUCUAAACAGUUCAACAUCUCUUGCUUCGAUGAAAUCAUCCAAAACUGCCACGUGUCCAAGAAAUAAAGACAUAAAGGAAUGAUGGGGGCGGGAAGGGGUCGAUUAAUGGUGCAAAAGUCUCGAUUGACGUAUCACAAAAGAUGAUUCGAGACAGCUACUUUGUUCAUAGAACAGUUAUACAAUCCUGCCACAUUUCAUCGAGAGUACUAAAGAAGACUAGUUGUAUAUAUUUAAAUAUUUAAGUAUUUAGUAAAACGGCUAUUUAAAUAUUUUUAUUAUAAGCUAUUUAAAUAUUUUUUAGAAAUUAAUUUCUUAUCAUAAAAAUCUCAAAUAGAGCUAAGUACAGCUUGUCUACGAAUUGAUAAUAUUGGCACAGAAAAUACAAUUAAAGCAACAAAAAAUUUUGAGAAA